AUGCAAUUCUCGAGCGUUCUCUUCUUGGCUCUUGCUGCCGCAACUGUCUCUGCUUCAUCGGGCGUCUCUAGAAGCGGAACCGCUGUAGGUGCUGCUAAGGCAACCGAAUUCGGAGCUGCAAAGCCCAGCAUGGCUCCCCGCAUCGUUCACGGGCCGUACCGCCGUAAAGAUUCCAACGAGUCAGGGUCUGCCAAGGAAACCGGAGCUAAAGCUGAUGGUGGCUCUGCAAAGGCAACUGGGGCUCAAGGAGCAGGAUCUGCUAAGUCCACUGGGGGAGCAAGCUCCGGUAACGAUGGCAAUGGCUCAGCCAAGGGCAGUGGAUCUGGUGGAAAGGCUUCCAAGACAGCAGAAGCUGGCUCUGCAAAGGCGACUGGAGAGAGCUCGACAAAGGGAUCUGGAACCGAAAAUACUGGCAAGGGAUCCGCUUCCUCUUCAGGUAAAGGAGCAGCGUCAGCUUCAGGGGCUGCAUCGGCAUCCGGAGCUGCUGGCGCUUCUGCCACUUCUACUUCUCCAGCUAUCUCCACUGGUGGUGCCGCAUCUUUAUCUAGUAAUGGAGGAAUGGCUACAGUUGCUGGCCUUGGCGUUGCCUUCGCUGUUUUCAUGUAAAGAAGCUUGCAUUCUUUAGCGGUGUGAUAUUGCUCAAAAUCAGAGUCAUAUGUUGAAUUAGAUGGAAUUGGGUGGAACUGAGUUGAAUUGGAUUGAGUGAUUUGUACAUACCUUCCUGACUUAAAUAGGGCGGCGUAUUGGGCAUUCUUUUGAGCGGGUGGGCGGCUUUGGUAUUCAAAGAUCGAGCUGGUCUCUGGUGACAGACGAAAUAAUCACUCGUUCUUAUUUUUGACGCAACAGAGGAUUUUGAAAUCUGGCUAUUCUUUUAUGUAAAUAUGAUUGAAGGGAUCGUUCUUCAAACGCGAAUGUUUGGCAUUAUUUGACUG